AACAAGGGGAUCGUGAGAGGUCAAACUCCGAAACCGAAGCAGGGACUUUCCUGUCUGGGAAAGUUUUACAGAGGUUGCUCUCAUCAAAGGAGACGGAAGUGGAAAUCAUGUGAACUGGAUACAUUUAGACCUCAGGAAGGAUAGAUGCCUGGAAAUUUUGAUUUAAUGAGGACUUCUAGUUACAAUUUCUCUUAGUUGCAGAAAUAAUAUUGCAGACGUUGUCUGUACACACUUUCCCAACAGAAUUAAUUAAGUAGUUCUGAUGAUUGAAAAUGAAUAAUAUGUAAACAAGGAUGUUUUUCCAAGUUAUUAUUGAUUUUUGGUGCAGAUUUUGGCAGUCGCUUAGGGUUUGGAAAGCUGGUAAAUAACUGGGGAAUCAGUCAAUAAAGAAACUUUUCUCCACCUGCGUGUAGCUGAGCUAGAAGGGGGAGAAUGGUGAAUUUGGAAUUUUAAAACAGAAAACAAUUACUGUGGUUUUCUAGCUGGCUAAACUUUUGAGAAAGACUAAAGUUCUUUUUUUUCCUUUUUCCAAAAUCUUUUCAUUUUAGGAAAUACACUAUAAGCAACAGCUGUAUAUAUAUGAAAUAUAUUUAAAAGAAAGAACUGAUGAAUCAAGGUUUUGCCUUUUGAAGUAGAAAAAUGUAUCCAUUUGGUAGAGAGGAAGCAGCAUCCCUGGAACGACUCUUCUGGUUCUUCUCUGAAUGUGUGCAAAGGGGAGACUGGGAACUUGCACAGGCCUGUGUCCCUCAGUUACAGCAGUUGCAAGAUGAUGACUCUGAAAAGGUUGAAAAAAUCCUUCACGCCCUAAUAAUCUGCCCUUCCCGUUUGAGGAGUGAAUCAAAGCACAGUCCUCAAAAACUUGCGUGGUUUUGGCUCCUUGUAUUGCAGGAAUGGCUAUCACACAAACAGAAAACUGUCCCAGCAGCUCUCCAAAGAGAAACCGAAUUCUUGCUUCUCCUAGAAGAACUGGAAAAAGAUGUCCCGUUUGUUGUUCUAAAGGAACUUUAUGAAGCGUUUGAAGACAACCAUUUGUUGCAUAGGAAACAAAGAGAUGGAUCAGUACAGAAAUUUGGUGCGGAGGUGAUGUCUACUCUUCAAAAAAUGCUCUUGCAGGCUCCCCGGAAAUUGCAAUCUAUACUAGAACUUCUUCAGCGUGAUCCUGUGGAAUGUAGUUCUUCAGUAAUACAAAGUGGCUUGCCACAGAACAUUUUUGUCGGCUUUCUUUGGGAUUCACUCAAAUGCUUGAAGCGUCUUCAGCUAAAUCCAGAAUUACUGGAGAGAGAGGGGAAUAGAGUUGCAGAUGAAAUCUAUAAUGCCCUGAGUAUGUUGAAUUUGAAGGUGGACAAUCAGACGAGAGAGCUAAGGCUCCUCUGCAGAGAACUUCUGGAUGCUUGUUGGUUUGAGCAGAGUCCUCUUAGAGAGGAGAGGCUACUCAGCUGCAUGUUACGAAAAGACAGCCAUGCCUUCCUUAGUCUCUUUGGCAGUGUAUUUAUUGAGAAGAUGAAAGAAAAACUGUUGAGUCAAAAGUCACCAGGCAAAGGUACACCUGAACAUCCGGAUGCUGAACGGGUAGUGAUGGCAUUGUUCUUGGAUCAUGAGCAGGCUUAUUCUUGGAAAGCUGCUUAUUUCUACUAUCUUAGCAGCAACAAGCACUUUUUGGAACAAAUUCUGAUUACAGCAUUAACUUUACUGAAAAGGGAAGAUUUCUCAAACCUCAGCAGAUUACUGACACAGGAAUUCAGCUACCUCAGUCGCCUCGUGAUAUUGCUUGGUUGGACGCAGUGUUGCAGUUUAGAAUCGGCAAAGAUGCUGCUGCAGACCCUACACAAAUCUCAGGGUUUCUACAAUGACUCUGUAUUAAAAGACUUCUGUGAUGGGUUGUGUGCCCAGGUGGAGGUUCUUGAGUGGUGCAUACAGCAGAAUAGUAAUUGCAUCCCGGAGAACAUUCUUCUGCAGCAUCUUCAUAGUUUGGAGUGCCAUUCUUCCCUUUACCUUCUGUACCAACUUACAGACCUCUUAGCCUUGAAUGAGGAAGCAGUAAUUGAGCUUUUCCAGAAAAUUCCAAUUAAGUACACAGAAGUUCAAGAUUCAGCAGUGAUGCCAGAUGUCCGCUUUUUGAGUCAACAGCACAAUCUUACCCUUUACCAGGCAUUUUGUGCUAUGAAAUAUGCCAUCUAUGCAUUGUGUGUCAAAGCACACAGAGGUUCAAAUUGCAGACACUGUGCAAACUACUUUGUCACUGAACUCCCUAAUGAACUUCUGGAGAAGAAUGAAUUUCCCAGUCAACCUCUCUAUCCAGAAACAGAUUAUGCAAGUCUCUUUCCUCACUAUCUCUCCAAGUGUCAGAAUUAUUUAAGAAGCAUACCUGCUCCUCUAAGGUUGGAACUCCUGGAAAAUAUAUUCUCUUUGCUCUUUGUUUCUUCAAGUGAUCUCUACGGUGACAGUCCACAAGAAGAAGAUAAUGCAGAAGAUGCUGGCUUCAGGAAAAAAGGCCAUUUGGGCAAGAGAGCAGAGCGUUGUGCUAGCCAAGAUUCAUCCACCUCACCAAGUCCUCAGCACUCUGUCAGUCCUGAGAUGACAGCCCAUGCGCCCACUUCCUCUGCACCCAAGAGCAGCCAAACGUUAUUCAAUUUGGACUCAAGCAGCAGAAAUUGUGGUUCCUUUGGGCUGAGCUAUUUGGAUUUGAAACACUUCACCAGUAAUAUCUCUGGAUUUCUAGUCGAUGAGGAAGCCUUGGAAAUAUUUCUCAAAAUGCUCAUGGAGCAUCUGAAAGAAAUUGAGGAUUCUUUUGUGUGGGAUUCAAGACACGUCCCUACGAUGGAACUGGCUCUGCUAGAUAGCUUGAAUUUAUCUGUAAAUAGGGAGAGCUUUCACAGCCGUAUGCAGCAGUUCUCCAAGUAUCUUUCUGAAGCUCAGUGGCGGCACAGACUAGUGCUCAGCAACAAAAACACAGAACACAAAAGAACUUCAAAGCCAUCAUGGGAGAGCUCCAGCAGUGAAUUAAGUGUCACCAGCACAUCAGAAGGCAGUGCUGGUGCAUCCUCUGAUGGUAGUGAUGCAGAAUACUGGAUAAAGCCUCCAGAGAAUUCCCUCAUCCCAGCCAUGCUUUCCCCACCAGAAUCUCUUCUUGUCGCAUGCAUCCUGAGAGGAAAUUACGUCGAAGCUCAUCAGGUUGCUAUUAUGUUUGAUUUGGAAAUGUCUGCUUCCUACGGUGAACUAAUUUUCCUGGAGCGUUACCAAGAAGUGAUUGGGGAGCUAGCAAAAGUAGAACACAAGAUUGAACAUCAGUCAUCGGACGGAUCUGGAAACCUAAAACAGACCGGUAGUGGCCGUUCAACUCUACAGGCUAUUGGAAAUGCAGCAGCUGCUGGGAUGGUAUUUUACUCCAUUUCGGAUGUUACGGAUAAGCUUCUUGCCCCUUCAGAAAGCCUUGAACCCGUGCUCCAAGAGAACUUCUGGACUAGCAGCAUCCAACUGGAAUGUACUGACCCUUUGAAUAAUGUUCUGGAAGACCUUUGUCCCUCUGCUAUGGCCAUAUUCGAUUUGGCCACUACUCAGUGUAAUUUGUGGAAAACCUGCAAGCAGCUCUUAGAAACAGCAGAGAGAAAAUUGCAGAAUAGCCUUGAAAUAAAAGGUAGAAGACUUGAUUCCGUUCACCAGAAUCCUUAUAGCUUGAAAGGUUUCCCAGCAGUUCUCCAGCAAAUAAGUAAAAUUAUCAACAUACCACAAGGACAGCCCAAAUCAGAAAUUUCUGAUGAGAAAAUAAGUUGUCAUUUCCACUGCAGCAUUGUGGAUUUGCUGCAGACCUGUUACCCGGAUCUCACUGUGGACUGUAUUACUAAUCAGCUUGUUUUGUCACAACACUUGGAUGAAAUCCUGCAGAAUCUGGCACAUAUAGACAAUUUUUCAGAUUCCAAAGGAAACAUGCUUGCUGCUUUGGUAGAACAAGCUUUUCUGAAACCAGCAGAAUUAGAGGCACAUCCAGUUUGCGGUCAGAUCAAACUUCUUCUAAAAAUCUUGGACCAAUACGCUGUGACUAUGCCGGAGGGAUAUGGGCAGACUGCCUAUGUACAAACAGUUUUUGAUUAUAUUAAGAAGCUGGCUGCCAUUAUCUUUCGAAGCCUCACACCAGAAAUAGAUCAAUCUGCAGAGAUCCAGGUUGGAAAUCCAUUCAUUUUGCUCCAGCAAAGUCCAUCUCAUUUGUUAUCCCAGCUUCUAUUUGAGAAACAGAUUGCCCCUGACAGGUUGUCUUUGCUGCUAGCUAAAGAAGAACUGAACUUAAAUGUGCAGCAAGUGAUCAUCAACUGUUGCUGUAAGGCAUUGCCUCUCUGCACUAACAUGCAAAGCAACCAGACUAAAUCCCUUUUGACAAAUAUCAGUAGCCUAGCGCAUUUGCACGCAUAUCAUUGUCUGCCAGAUAUUGAGAUUCCAGUGCAUAAUCCAGCCAUGGAGUCUGAGAACGCUUCCAGUAGCCCCACCUCUUCUCUGCCUGAUCUUAACCAGCAUUCACUCACCGCUUCCACCCUCAAUUUUCUAAAAUCUCGGUCAAAACUCAUAGCUACCAUGGCCUGUCUGACUGCCUUAAAAGUGCAAAAGCCACCCAAACAGAGUUUAUCGUGGAUUGAAUUCCGAGGGAAAAGGGAAGCCCCCUUGUCUAUGGAUCAGAUUUCCAAAGAAUGUGAAAUAUUGUUAACGGAGUUUCCCUUCCUAGAAAAUUUUCUUCUUACUAUGUUCGAGCCUCUACAGGAUCCUCGGGAUAAAGGAAUUGGUUUGGCUAGCGAGCUUUGUGGACAGUCUCACAUCUCAUUGCUUUUCCUGGGAUUACAUUCCUCCAUGGCUGUUGAAGUGUUAAUGGAGACCUUCGAACAAGCUCUCACAGCAAGGGAUUGGCCCAGGGCCCUCAAAAUCUUGGAUUUGUACAGUCAAGAUAUGCAAGAGCUAGUCACUGUGCGGGAUGCUGUAUUGAGUUGUGCCACAGCUGAUGGUGACGAAGGAUGGCAGUACUUGUUUCCAGUGAGAGAUGCCAUACUUAGGAGCAGAUUGGCCCUUCGGUGUCUGGAUAGAUGGCCUCUGGAGGCUUGUCUGGAACUAUUAGCUUAUUGUGCCUGUGACCCUGAAGUAACUGAAGAACUCAGAUUUGAUCUGCAGAGCAAAAUCAAGGAGCUUCAAGUUUAUCAAAAGAUUCUUAGACUACAGCCUGUCCACAUCUGGCAUGACUGGCAGGAUCUAAAGAGGACGUGCAUGGAAGAUCCUCAGGCCAUUGUAGCAAUAGUUUUGGAAGCAAAGGAUUAUGAACUAUGUGAAGAAUGGGGCCGCUUGUAUUCUAUCCCAAGGGAUCAUUUGAUCAGCCUUCACCAGGAACACCUCCUUCACUUGCUGGAAAUGGGAGAUAUGGAAAAGGCUCUCCAGCUCUUGCAAAGGAUAGAUGAUCCAGACAUUCAGUUUGUCAUAAGUGAACGGUGUCUUGAUAGAUAUCCUAGCUUAGCAGCUUCUCAUUUCCUUGCGGAUUAUCUCACAACAUACUUCAACCAGCACCUGACAGUUAUGCGCCAGAAUGAAAUUCAAGCUCUUUACGUGGGAUCCAAGGUACUGCUGACUCUUCCAGAGCCUUCUCGAUCUAACUAUUCCCACCUCUCCUGCAAGCCACUGCUCAUGCUGGAACAGUUAUUGAUGAACAUGAAAGUGGAUUGGGCAGCUGUGGCUGUGCAGAUGUUGCACCAGCUGUUGGUUGGUCAGAAGAUAGGCUUCAGCAUAGGAGACAUUGAUGCAUUGCUCUCCAACUAUGCUGGGAAAGCUCUUGACUUUCCAUUUUCUCUAAGAGAGAAGAGAUCAGAUUCUCUUAUUUUAAUUCAAGAGAGUUUGUGUCCGGGAUCGGAAUUUGACACCUUAUCUAAGUCAGAAUCAACAGAGAAUUUUCCAGCUAGUUCUCCUGAUACCACACAUGCUUCCAACCCAAGAGAGAAAAGCCUCCAGCAAGUUGCCUCUGCUCAGGACUUUGUGCCACCAGAGAAGCCCCCCCCAAAACAGCAGUGGAUCCCAGAUGACACAGAAGUCACAUGCAUGGUUUGCAAAACAGAACGCUUUACAAUGUUUAAUAGAAGGCAUCACUGCAGACGUUGUGGGAGGCUGGUGUGCAGAUCCUGUUCUACCAAGAACAUGGUUGUGGAAGCUUGUCAGGAAAACCCAGCUCGUGUGUGUGAUCAGUGCUACAGUUACUUCAACAAGGAAUGUGCAACAACUACAUUCCAUGACUCAGAAACUUCCAAUGAAGAAGAUCAGAAUCAAGAAGCAAUUAUAUCUUCUGAUAAUGAAUGCACAGAUUACUCUGCAGUGGUACAAAUACCAAAGCCAGCAGAAUUUGAAUGGCAGCUUUCUUUGGUGGAAGAAGACAAUAAAAUGGUGCGCAGUGAAUUCUUUUAUGAACAGGCUCCUAGUGCAUCCUUGUGUAUUGCCAUCUUCAAACUACAUUCUGAUAGCAUUGCCUGUGGUCAGCAGUUGAUAGAUUAUUGCUGCAAAUUGUCUCGAAACCUGGCAAACCCCGAAGUGGAUGCUGGUCUCCUCAUAGACAUAAUGAAGCAAUUGCUUUUCAGUGCCAAAAUGAUGUUUGUAAAAGCUGGGAGGAGCCAGGAGUUAGCUCUUUGUGACAGUUACCUCAGCAAGGUGGAUGUGUUGAAUAUUUUAGUAGCUGCUGCUUAUCGUCAUGUUCCAUCUCUGGAUCAGAUAUUAGAGCCUGCGGCAGUUAGUAGGCUAAGAAAUCAACUUUUGCAAGCGGAAUAUUAUCAACUGUCCGUUGAGGUUUCUACCAAGACUGGUCUGGACCCUGGUGGAGCAUGGCAUGCAUGGGGCAUGGCUUGCCUUAAAGCUGGAAACCUGACUGCUGCCAGAGAGAAGUUCAGUCGAUGCUUAAAAUCACCUCUUGAUUUGAAUCAGCUCAGUCUGGGUUCCCGUCUGGUCCAGGAAGUUGUUCAGUAUCUAGAAACCACAGUGAAACCCAUUCUUUCAGUGCAGGAUGAUGACUAUUUUGCUACUCUGAAAGAACUGGAAGCGAUACUGAGGACACGAAGCCUGUCUCUAGAGAUGACACCAGAGGGGAAGAUGCAACACAACAGCUAUUAUCAAGAAUGCCUUUUCUAUUUGCACAAUUAUGGCACCAAUCUAGCAAUCAUUAGUUUUUAUAUGAGGCAUGAGUGUAUGAGGGAAGCUCUGCUACAUUUGUUAAAUAAGGAAAGUCCACCAGAUGUAUUUAUUGAAGGUAUCUUUAUCCCAAGUUAUAAAAGUGGAAAACUUCACAUGUUGGAGAACUUGCUGGAAACCAUAGAUCCAGGAUUAGAGAGCUGGGGUGUCUAUCUCAUUGCAGCCUGCAAACACUUGCAAAAAAAGAAUUACUACCAUAUUUUGUAUGAACUGCAACAGUUUAUGAAGGAUCAAGUCCGUGCGGCUAUGACCUGCAUUAGAUUUUUCACAGACAAGGCAAAGUCUUACACUGAACUGAAAGAAAGGCAAAAAUGGCUCUUAAAGGUCAAGGACCAUCUUAAAGUUUACCUUCAAGAAGUGUCUAGGAGUUCAGGAAGAAAAAAGUUUGCAUGCUCUUUUCGCAAGAAAUUGUCUGCUCCUGAUGUAUCAAGGCACAUCAAUACAGUUGAGCUUCAGAUGGAAGUAACAAAAUUCCUCCAUCGUUGUGAAAAGCCAGGAUCUUUAUCUGUAGGUGAUUUACCUGUGCCUACCCUAUUUGGAAACAAUCAAAUGAAGAUUGAGGUUGCUUGUAAGGUCAUGUUGGAAGGCAAAAACAUUGAAGAAGGAUUUGGGAUUGCAUUUAGAAUAUUGCAGGACUUCCAGCUGGAUGUUGCUGCUAUAUACAAUAAAGUGGCUAGGCAGCUGGUGAAGCAGCAGAGCUACAGCGAGAUCAGGCAGCUCAUUAAAUGUAUCAAGGAAUCUGGUGCUGCAGAUAAAAAUGAUGGGGACAAUGUCAUCCUCAGUUGCUUGGAUGAAUUUGAUUCGAUCCCUGCUGAGGAGUUGGAUAAUUUGAUCCAGGAUAUGGACAGUGAUGAAAACAAGAUUCAGGCAUACUUGAAAUGCCAUAAACUACGUUCCGCCUAUCUUAUCUCCGUAAAACAAGAAAAUGUAAGAGCGGUGCAGUUGGUUCAACACAUACGGCAAAUGGCAGAGGACAGUGGAGACGAUGUAGUGCAAGCCAUCUGCACCCAGUGGCUUUCGGUACAUCACACUAAGCCAAGAAGCUGGCUUACCCAAAAUUCCAAGAAAUGACUCCCAGAAACUUGCUGAGAUGUUAUUUCUAGAAAGGGAAAAAUAUUACAUCCUGCUAGAUUCAAUUAUGGCUUCAAACUGGAAAGAAACUGCUUGAAUGCCUUUAUUCAAAGGAAAGAAUCAACUUCCUAAAAGUGCCAGUCAUGAUGCAGUGACAACCCAACUACCUCUACUUCAGGGUGUUCAUUCUUUACAUACUUCAUAUUUUCAGUGCUGCUUCAGCCGUGUUUUAUUUUAUGAUCAAGGAGGUAUAUCUGCUUUAGGCACUGUUUUAUGAAUGCAAAUCCCAACAUCAACAAGAGUUUAUAUCUGCUUGUGAUUCCCAACACGCCAAAGCUACAGCCAAAUCAAUAAGAAAGCAAGUAGCAUUUUGAGAUGGGUACAGUCCUCUAUUGCUUUUCAUAACAAGAAGCUGUAAUUGAAUUCUAUGCAUAAGAGAUAACAGGUCUGUAAGCCUACACCUGUUACUAUCUGAGGCAAGGAAAUAACCAGUUAACACAGAAAAUGGAGGAAGAAAUGAUGAAAAUUGAAUAGUAGUUCCCACUUGGAACCUCUACCCAUAUUUGCCACCUUUCCCUGAAACAGUCUGAAGUUUUCAUUGUCCUUUCAGUGACAUAAUAUAGAACAGGGGUCUCCAAUUUUGGUCCCUUUAAGACUUGUGGACUUCAACUCCCAGAGUUCUCAGGGACUCUGGGAGUUGAAGUUCACAAGUCUUAAAGGGACCAAGGUUGGAGACCGCUGAUAUAGAAAACGGUGAGACCACAGCAGGCUCUAUAUAAGAGGAUAUGAUUGUAAUUGAUGACAAGUUUUUAACUUGAAAAAUUCAAACUGUUAUCAAAAUUGUAUUAGUUGUAAGAAAUUAUUCAGGAUGGUUUAAUCUUUGGGUUUUUUAAAAAAAUAAUUAUUAGAUGAACAUCACCCUUUCCCACUAAUUUUAGCAAAUUAUCUAGGCUACAUUCUUUCAGGGAAACAAUAACCACAGCUCAUAGCCACAAAUGUAGUAAUGCUUAAUUCAUUGGAUUUGGCAGCCAGAAAUAACCUUGAGGUUAAGUAAUUUGGGAGGGCUAUAUUUAGUUUCCAUCUUUUCAUACCGUUCAUGUCUUAGAAGUUAUCCUAUUAGGGAUCUAAGAUUUAUAAAAUCUGCUUUUGCUGUCUAUCAAGCUCAACUGCCAUGAGUCCCAGGAGAUAGUCUGAUUGGACUUUUUGUGACUCUAAUUACUACUUCUACCUUAAGAAAGGAACAGGAUUCAUUACUUGCUGUGUGUUAAGAUAUACUGCCCAUUGAGUUUAGUACAUAACAUUGCUUGUACUUUCAUCUCCAAGCUCUUCUCAUCAAUACCUUCCAAAGGGAAGAAAGGAAAGACUUGUGGGGGAGAGAAAAUAGAGACGAUUGUGGGUCCAUUCUUUGCACUGCGUUUUAUGCACUUUAUAUUGUUUGUUACUUGGAUUCUUUAGGAUUUUUAAAGGAUCCCUUUCUCACCAGCAAAACCUGCCUGUGAACUAUCCUGUAGUAAACUGUAACGGAGGAAUUCUAAACUUCCAAUGAACAAAAUUGUUAAACUCUCAUUGAGAAAAUAAAGAAUUUGGACAAUUUA